ACCACACCACUGCAGCCAAGAGCUCUUGCUUAGCUAGGGAGACCUGCCCAUCUUACUGCGAUUCCUGGAUUACUCUUCCACGUCAACUCUUGGGAUAUUGGUGCGCAUAACUUUGCUGUGAGUCUCAGAAUCAAUGCCUCGUAAUAUAAUCCAAGGCGGAGGCGGCAUCCUCCGAUACCUUCAUCGCAGCAAUGCCUUGAUUCGUCCCUCUCGCGUGGCCAUCGCCAAUGGCCUUGUCCGGCGCAUUUGUCUCUCUACGAACCGUCAUCUCGUGAACCCGACUGCGAAAACAACAAUCCGUCCUUCAGUCAUUCUAUCGCGGCCUUUAAUCAACUCCUUUGCGACUACAAGUACUCCCGAUGACGAGACCGAGACAACAAAGUCGAAAGGAUCCAAGACUGGCAAGAAGACCACAAAGACGCGCAGCUCGAAAGCCACGGCUAAAGCUAAGCCGAAACCCGCAAGAAACAGCGCUGGAACCCCCAAGAAGCUGAUCGAGAAUCCUUGGAAUCUCGCCAUCGCGACGGUCGCCAAAGAGAUUCAGGCUCGCGGCGUCAAAGGACCAGACUUCGUCAUGCAAUGUUCCCAACUUGCACAGACGAUCAGUGCGGAAGAGCGCGAGCGUAUUGCGGUCGAGGCAGAAGCCAAUAAAGCUGCCAAUGCGGCAGCUUAUGAGGCAUGGAUCCAACAGCACACUCCUCUUCAGAUCAGAGAAGCCAAUGCAGCACGCCGCAGACUCAACAAGAUUAAGAACACAUCUCUUCGACUUCUCCAUGACGAUCGGCAGGUCAAGCGGCCUCGUACGGCAUACCUACUUUACAUGCUGGACCGGACUGCCGAGGGCGACUUCAAAUAUAUGAAGGCCAAGGAUAUCGCAGUGCGCGUAACAGAGGAAUGGAAAGGCCUGACAUCUACGGAGAAGGAGAAAUACCUCAGACAAGCUGAAGAGGAUCGUGAGCGGUACCGCCGAGAAUACCUUGAAGUCUACGGCGAAGAACCAUCAACUUCUCGCUCAACAACCGCGUCUCCAAGUCCUUGAGCUCGAUGCUUUUACUGAAGGAUACCGUCACUUCACCUCAUGGGAUCGUCGCAAUUCGUCAUUGAAUUUCGAAUGCGGGAAAUGAUCGUCUAUUGUAUGGCUUACAUGUAUCUCGUGGGUAUCUUCGUUUUGUCUGUGCCCUUUAUCCGGUGUCCCUUUUUCACUGCGGUCUCUCUUGAUACACCUCGGCCAGCUGUCUUAUUCUGUACUUUAUUGAUUCCUCUGAUCCGUGGGUUAUGUGCGUUCGCGAUUACUGUAGACAAUGAUAUUACGGUCCUGCUUGCUCUCGACACACAUAAGCACGUAUGACCGCGUCUCAUUGCAAGA